AUGAGACGCAACAAAGGAAAACUUACUGGAGGAAAGUUUAACCCGGAGAUCAGCGGCAGAAGCUUCCCCCAGUGGACUCAAAUGGUGCGCGGCUUCACCGUACACGUGAGCGAGGAUGCGGCUCCCGGGACGGUGCUGGCCGCUGUGGAGCGUGGCGCGCACUGCACUCUGGACCAAGUGCUGGCUCCAACAUUCACACAGCGCUUUUUGGGCACGGACUCAUCGCCGGGGACUGUGUUCACCACGGAGUUUGUGAGGUGCUCUCAGCUACGUUCCAACCCCUUCACGGUGUUCACUGUGGCGGACUGUUCUUACGCGUCCUCUGGCUACAGGCACCUGGUGACCAGUCAGUGGGACGUGUAUGUUCACGGCAGGAACUGUUCAAAUACACGCAGCAAAGCUCAAUGGGACAUGGAGGUUCUCAGUUUGUUCACAGGUCACAGACAACACCGCGAGGAGUGCCUCCAAGCGGACUCUGUUCUGUUCCCUGUGGGGGGUCUGGUGCCGGGAGCCCUCAGCACAUGCAUAGUGACCAACUCUAUGAACUUUUACUUGUCUGAAGGAAACUUGUUUGUGUCUGAGACUCUGUGCUGGCUUCAGGACUCUCUGUUUGAAUUAGAUCUGCUUUGUGAUAUUGAGAUGGACUUUAAAGUUAGUCCUGUGUCCAUCCACUGGCGUGUGGGGCGGGGCCCCUUCAGACAGGCCCAUGUGGCCCGGUUACUAGAGAAAGCAGCUCGGUCUGAUUCAGGAAUAGUGAGCCGCAGUGGGAGGAGGAGGAGAAGCAUCAACAGCAGCCCCCAGUUCCAGCCCCCAAUGUACCAAGUGUCUGUGUCCGAGAACAAGCCGGCUGGGACUCCUGUGGUGGUUUUGAAAGCUGUGGACAUGGAUGAGGGGGAGGCAGGACGUUUGGAUUAUUUUAUUGAGGCUCUCUUUGAUAGUCGCUCUAAUAACCUGUUUGUAGUUGACCAGGCCUCUGGAGCGGUGUCCACUGUAGAUGUGUUGGACAGAGAAACUAAAGACACUCAUGUUUUUCGUGUGACCGCAAUGGACCAUGGUAGCCCACGCCGCACAGCAAUGGCCACACUGACCAUCACAGUCAGUGACACCAAUGACCACAACCCUGUGUUCGAACAGCAGGAUUAUAAAGAGAGUAUACGAGAAAAUCUGGAAAUAGGUUAUGAAGUUUUGACUGUGAGGGCUACAGACGGGGAUGCACCAGUAAAUGGUAACAUCCUGUAUCACAUUAUUAACAGUAAUGGCACUAAUGAUGUGUUUGAGAUUGACUCCAGGUCUGGCGUGAUUCGAACCAAAGGCCUCGUGGACAGAGAAGAGGUCAACUCCUAUCUGCUCAUGGUAGAAGCUAAUGACCAGGGUCGUGACCCUGGGCCACGGAGUGCCACUGCUACAGUGCACAUUGUGGUGGAGGAUGACAAUGACAAUGCUCCACAGUUCAGUGAGAAGCGCUACGUGGUGCAGGUGCCAGAGGACAUGAACCCCAACACUGAAAUCCUGCAGGUCACGGCCACUGACCAGGACCGAUCAAACAACGCCAUGGUGCACUUUAGCAUCAUGAGCGGCAACACCAGAGGCCAGUUCUACAUAGAUGCACAGACCGGCAAAAUGGACCUAGUGAGCCACCUGGACUAUGAGGCCAACAAGGAAUACACCCUGAGAAUCCGUGCUCAGGACGGGGGCCGUCCUCCUCUCUCCAACAUUAGUGGACUGGUGACUGUUCAAGUGUUAGAUGUAAAUGAUAAUGCACCCAUUUUUGUCAGUACCCCCUUCCAGGCCACCGUGCUGGAGAAUGUACCACUGGGAUACUCCAUCAUACACAUCCAGGCUGUGGAUGCAGACUCUGGGGACAACUCCAGACUAGAGUACCGCCUCACUGACACCACGCCAAACUUCCCCUUCAGCAUCAACAACAGCACUGGCUGGAUCGUGGUGGCUGCAGAGUUGGACAGAGAGAGUGUGGACUUUUAUAAUUUUGGAGUAGAGGCCAGUGACCAUGGGUAUCCUGUAAUGUCCUCCUCUGCCAGCAUCAGUAUGACCAUUCUAGAUGUCAAUGACAAUAACCCUGAGUUCACACAGAAAGCCUAUUACAUGCGUCUAAACGAAGACGCAGCCGUUGGCACCAGUGUAGUGACUGUGUCAGCUGUGGACCAGGACAUCAAUAGUGUAGUAACAUAUCAGAUAUCCAGCGGAAACACCCGGAACAGGUUCUCAAUCACCAGUCAGAGCGGUGGAGGGCUCAUCACUCUGGCUCUCCCUUUAGAUUAUAAACUGGAGCGGCAGUACAUGCUCACUGUCACUGCUAGCGACGGCACUCGCUUCGACACGGCCAAAGUGUUUGUGAAUGUGACGGACGCCAACACUCACAGACCUGUGUUCCAGAGCUCACACUACACUGUGAACAUCAACGAGGACCGGUCCGUGGGCACCACAGUGGUGGUCAUCAGUGCCACAGACGAUGACACUGGGGAGAAUGCUCGCAUCACUUACUUCAUGGAUGACAGCAUCCCUCAGUUUGACAUUGAUCAGGACACAGGCGCUGUGACCACUCAGAUGGAGCUGGACUAUGAAGAUCAGGUUUCAUACACUCUGGCCAUCACAGCUCGAGACAAUGGCAUCCCACAGAAGUCUGACACCACAUAUCUGGAGAUACUGGUAAAUGACGUGAAUGACAAUGCUCCCCGCUUUCUCAGAGAUAAUUAUUUGGGCACCGUGAUGGAGGAUGUGCCGCUGUACACUAGUGUGGUCCAGGUGUCCGCCACAGACCGAGACUCGGGGCUGAAUGGCCGAGUCUUCUACACUUUUCAGGGAGGAGACGAUGGUGACGGAGACUUCAUCAUCGAAUCCACUUCAGGGAUUGUCCGCACUCUGCGCAGACUGGACAGAGAGAAUGUGCCUGUUUACAGCCUGCAGGCCUAUGCUGUGGACAAAGGACACCCGGCAUUAAGAACAGCCAUCAACAUCCAAGUGACAAUCCUAGAUGUGAAUGACAACCCCCCUGUAUUUGAGAAAGACGAGUUUGACAUUUUUGUGGAUGAGAACAGCCCUAUAGGUGUGGUGGUGGCACACGUGUCAGCCUCUGACCCAGACGAGGGGAGCAAUGCACAAAUCAUGUAUCAGAUUGUGGAGGGGAACAUCCCUGAGGUUUUUCAGCUGGAUAUUUUUUCUGGUGAAUUAACUGCAUUAAUUGACCUGGAUUAUGAGGCCAGAAAUGAGUACGUCAUUGUAGUUCAAGCCACCUCUGCCCCUCUGGUCAGCCGAGCAACUGUUCACAUCAAACUUGUGGACAAAAAUGACAACAAACCCAUCCUGAAAAAUUUCCAGAUAAUCUUUAACAAUUAUGUCACAGAGAAGUCGAGCAGUUUUCCUACAGGUGCGAUCGGACGCAUCCCUGCUUUUGACCCUGAUGUUUCUGACCAGCUCCUGUACAAGUUUGACUCUGGGAACGAGUUGAAUUUAGUGCUGCUGAAUCACAGCACAGGGGAGAUCCAGCUGAGCCAAGCGCUGGACAACAACCGGCCCCUGGAGGCCUCCAUGAAGAUCUCUGUGUCUGACGGAGUCCACUCUGUGUCCGCCCAGUGCCUCCUGCAGGUCACCAUCAUCACAGACGAGAUGUUAUCCAACUCCAUCACGCUGCGGCUGGCCAACACCUCGCAGGAGCACUUUCUCUCUCUCCUGCUCUCUCAGUUCUUGGACGGCGUCGCUCGGGUCCUGUCGGCGGCCCCCGAGGAUGUGGUCAUCUUUAACAUUCAGGACGACACGGACGUCAGCGCCAGAAUCUUAAACGUCAGUCUGUCUGUAGCUGUGCCUGUCCCAGAGGAGGGUCCAACACGCUCCGUUUCGGCCGGGCAGCCUGGGGAGAGCGGCCUGACUGUCGGAGGACCGGAGUUUUUCGGGUCAGAGGAGCUCCAGGAGAGACUGUACCUGAACCGCAGUCUUUUGGCGCUGAUCUCGUCUCAGGAAGUUCUCCCGUUUGACGACAACAUCUGCCUGCGCGAGCCCUGUGAGAACUACAUGAAGUGUGUGUCCGUGCUCAAGUUCGACUCUCUGGCUCCUUUCGUUUCCUCGGACACCAUCCUCUUCAGGCCUAUCCACCCCAUCAACGGCCUGCGCUGCCGCUGUCCCACCGGAUUCACUGGAGACUACUGCGAGAUAGAGAUCGACCUGUGCUACUCCAAACCCUGCGGGGCCCACGGUGUGUGCCGCAGCCGCGAGGGAGGGUUCACCUGCGAGUGCCACGACGACUACACAGGCGACCGUUGUGAGCUGUCUACCCGCUCUGGCCGCUGCGCUCCAGGGGUCUGCAAAAACGCCGGCACUUGCGUCAACCUGCUUGUGGGGGGCUUCAAGUGCGAGUGUCCUGCAGGCGGCUACGAGAAGCCCUACUGCGAAAUGACCACACGGAACUUCCCUCCUCACUCCUUCGUGACGUUCAAAGGGCUACGGCAGCGUUUCCACUUCACCCUGACCCUUACAUUUGCCACUAAAGAGCCAAACGGGCUACUCCUCUACAACGGACGCUUCAAUGAGAAACAUGACUUCAUCGCGAUGGAGAUCAUCAAUGAGCAGAUACAGCUGACGUUCUCUGCUGGUGAGACUAAGACGACUGUUUCCCCGUAUACUCCUGGAGGCGUCAGCGAUGGCCAGUGGCAUAUUGUUGAGGUCCACUAUUACAACAAGGCGGGCAACAUUCACACGCUGCUAUCCUCACGCCCCGAACUGAUGAGUUACAACAGCAGCCCCUCCCGCCACAAUCUGUCCCGCUGUGUCCCCGUCCCUGUCCGCGGGGGGUGA